GAUUUAUUUCACUUACAACUCUGUUUGGUUCGACCAGCAACGAAGCGACCAUUCUUUCAAUUGAUCCGUAUGAAUUACAAGUCUUAAAAUCUUUUCAACACCAUGACAUGUUGUGAAGGAAAGGUCUAAAAGAGUCAAAAGAAAAUAUAAUGCUGAUAGUGCCAGAAGUCAAGCAUGGUGAUUUCUUCAAAGAUGGUAAAGUAAAGUGAAGGAGGGUAGUCUGCUAUGGAGAGCCUGGAAAGUGUAAGCAAUGAUAAUGGAAGAACAACUGACCCUGAGUCUGGAAGAUGUGGAAAUGUAGAACAAGAAACAACAGAUGAUUGGAAUGGUGAAAUUGGAUUACUGAAGGAUGAUGAAAUGCUCCCUAACAGAGAAAUUCGUCUAAACAGUAAAGAGGCCAGUGCUGAUGAUCUUCAAGGUCAAACUGCUUCUCAUCACAAACAGCAGCACCAUUUAAGCUGGAAGAUUGCUCUUAAAAAGGCUAAAAGUUUACCUGAUCCUUGGGAAAAAUUUCAUAUUGAUGACUCGUGCCCUACAGAAGUUGCCAUAAGACAUCGAUACAAUGCACUGAAAAAAAACUGGCUACAGGAUGAAGUGAGAGUCAAAAUGGAAUUAUUGCCAUUUGAUCAAGGAGCCAUGAGGGAGUGCUUUAGAUUGAAGAAGCUCUCCAAUUUCUCAAAGCACAUGAAUUGGAAGCAUGCAGCUAAUUAUGUUUGUAAAAGGUAUAUUGAUGAAGUGAGCAGAAAAGUGUAUUUUGAUGAUGUUAGACUGCAAAUGGAUGCCAAGCUUUGGGGUGAAGAGUUUAACAGACAUAACCCACCAAAAAAGGUAGAUAUUUUCCAGGUUUGUGUAAUUGAACUGAAAGACAGAGAAGGAUCACCUUUGUUUCACUUAGAGCACUUUAUUGAAGGAAAGUAUAUAAAGUACAACUCAAACUCAGGUUACGUGCUGCAAGAUGAAACUCUCCGUUGCACUCCCCAGGCAUUUAGCCAUUUUACAUUUGAGAGGUCUGGCCAUCAACUGAUUGUAGUUGACAUUCAAGGAGUUGGCGAUCUGUACACGGACCCUCAGAUUCAUACAUCAGAUGGAGAGGAUUACGGCGAAGCCAACUUGGGCCCAAGGGGGAUGGCACUGUUCUUCAGUUCUCAUAGAUGUAACAAAAUCUGUCAUAGCCUUGGACUUUCCCAGUUUGACCUCAGUAAAAAAGAAUUGGUUCGGAUUGACAAAACCCUGGAAAACAUCCAAGACUCCAGCACAAUUGUUAAAAGUAUUGACGAUUGCACAUCUCCUGGUCACCGCAAAAUUUCCUCAGCCAUAUUUGACAUGACGGAAUAUCUAGCCCAGUCUCCUCCUCUGUCUCCUGCUGGUUCGGAGCCAGAUUCCCCCAGGUGUUCACUGUCAUCAUGUAAUGAAUUAUCAAGAUAUUCUCGACAGAUAUCUGACCCAGAAUCGUCAUCAUCUGAGACUGAAAGUGAUCAAAGUGAUGUGUUCACUGAGAACGAGGAUGAGAAUUUCCGCAAAUCAUUUGCUGAUAGUCUGGAACAUAAGGCAUCAAGUGUAUUUGCCGAGGUUAAACUGCUUGGUGAUGUUCGUCUGAAGCAUCAGAGAAGGUCACACAAGGGUGACUCUGUUCUCGGAGAGGUUCAUCUCGAAUUUGCUAAAUGUAACGAGAUCGGUCGUUUCACUAACAAUGAGCCCCAAAUGGAAUGUGCCAUGUUUCAUCUAGAGCAAGCUGCAGCUUGUGCUGUUUUACCGGCUUUAAUUGCAAUGGCUGAAAUCAAUUUACAGCUGCCACACGACAUAUUGCCUUCAGUGACUGUCCAGGAAUCUGAAGAUGCCAUGAACCGGGGGGUGUAUUACAUGUUGGAGGCAGCUCAUUUGGGAGACAGGCAAGCCAUGGUGUACAUGGCUAAGGCUUAUGAAACUGGCUCAGGCCUAGGCUCGUUCAGGGAAUGCACGUGGGUGGAGGCAGCCAAGUGGUAUCAAAAUGCCAUUGACGUCGUGUACGAAAACGACGAUCCACAGAACACGCUAUUCACAGACCCUAACUACGUGCUGUAUGCCAAGCAAGCGUACUUGUACCAACACGGAGGUCACGGGCUUGAAAAGCACCCUCAGAUGGCCGGCGAACUCUAUUCGGCAGCUGGAGAUUUAGCACUUGCUGCCAUGAAGGGAAAACUAGCGAAUAAGUACUUUGCACUGGCUGAGGAGGCGUGGGCUGAAGAUGACGAAUAAUCUGAUCAUGCUUUACACUGAGAGAGGCGUUAAAAUCGAAGGAUUUGACAGGCCACAUAUGCGCAGGCUUGUGUAGCUGUUUAGCUGUGUAGCUGUAGGAGUAGCUGUUUUUCUCCGUAUAAUCUCAGUUUAGCUAAUACUCAAAGAGUAGAACCGCGAAUUUAACGUGGACCCUAAAUCUCGGAUAAUUUUGUAGAAAAUUUAAGUUAUUUCGAAAGCGAAAGUUUAUUUACACGUACAGAGUAUUAACUAAUUUAAAGUGAGAUUACCCAGUUUUACCAGUAUUGAACAGCUGCUGGCUAUAACUUUCGCAUGCGUCAUUUUUAAACAACCUUGCAUUAUCAUGCGUUUGGCAAGGUGGAUACUAGACUUCGCCCACCUUGUUGUGUUCACGGCACUGGACGUAAAACCCCUCUCAUGCUCUCUACCCAGAUUGCCGUUUAUGGAGGGAGACACUCACGUUAAGGUUGAAAUAUUUCGGUAUGUUCGUUUUCGAGAUUUUUUUUUGCAUUGGGAAGUUCGACUUUACUUGGUAGGAUGAGAGAGAUCAAUUCUUUUGCUUUUUGGUAAACUCAUCCUUUUUUCAGACGAGAAAAGGGUUGCAGAUUUCUACAUGAUAGGCAUUUCCUUAAUCAUUGCUUCAUUUGUAGAGGAUCUACUUACUUCACACUCCUUCGUCCUUUCCAUAAUUGAUCGCCUUUCAUUAAUUAAAAGUGCGUUUUUCAUAAGGGCUAUUUACACUAAACAUUCACGGCAUUUCGCGUAGGUGUCCUCCGGUUUUGCAUGUCAUUUGUCAACAAAAGUGUGGCAUUGAAUUUCCUCUAUUUUCAAUAAAUGAGCCGAUUCCAAGGAGGUUUUGCACUCGAAUUAGCGAUCAGCCACCAUCUGAACCUACCUGUUAAAGUGGCAUGUGUUGUAUCUGAGCAAAAAGGCGCGUGAGAAUUGACAACUCAACCGAAACGUUGAAUAACCAUUCUAGACGAACAUGUGGUCAAGUAUUUGGAGGCAAAAUUCGAUUUCAAAGCAAAAGGAAUUAGGAAAAGGAUUAGCCUGCCAGAUAGCUUAUAGCUAGUACCUAGUAAAGGGAGGUUAAGAAACGAAUGCGAUGCGUUCGCUGCAAUUUUGCCUUCAAUCUGCUAUUGAGACGAAAGGUUUGGGGUGUACAGGGAUGGAAGGGAAACGGAAUAUAUCAUACUUCUCGCCUAAACUGACCAAAUUGGGGGAGACUAUCUCUGAACAUCCGCUUGGCGGAUUUCCAACCCAAAAGAGACUUAGAACUCCACUUUCACUUGCGUUUAUUGCGUCUUCAACGUAAAUCCCAUGUAAAUCGAAAUAACAGUUUCAAGGCACUAUUUUUAUACAAACGGUUCUGAAAUCAUUUCAUAAGCUAAGCGAAUACUAAAUGUUACCCAAGCGUUCGAAUAACUAAAAAUAACUUGUAAAGUAUGUGAUCACGUGUCUUAAUUGUCUUAUUGCAAGGUACAACUGAAGAAAAUACUCGAAGUUCGGUUUAGAAAUGCAAAUAAGAUUUCCCGCCACGUCUACAGUUUAAGAUAACUUUAGGAGUUAUUAGUUUUCCGCAAUUUUACUUGAGAUCAUACGAUCCCACUUUACAGUAACUGAAUAACAGUACUUUGACUAAGUCUUACAACUAAACAAUCACUCGUUUUCAGUAUUUUUAACUGGACCACCAUGAAGAUUCGAUUUAGUGCCCUCGUUUCAUUAGGCGCCUCCUCUCUAGUAAGCGCCCUCCUCGAAUUUGAUUUUGUCAAUAAGCGCCCCUAUUUUAAAAUGCGCCCCUGUUGCAUAAGGACCCUCACUUCAGUGAGCGCCCCUAUUCUGUUUCAAGAGUACAUUCCCUACCAUUAUUUUGCCAAUAAUCGCUGUACAUUUGUGAAUUUUAAAGUUUCUGGUAUUGUUCCUUUAGUAAGUAAAGAUCAAAGCUUUUUUUCGCACAUUCUGCCAUUUCUAAAAAAGAAAUAAGAGUGUGGCGCCCUGUCUCGAAUAAGCGCCCUGUUUCGAAUAAGCGCCCUGUUUCGAAUAAGCGCCCUACCUUGAGGUACCAAAGUAAAUAAGCGGCCCGGGCGCUAAAUCGAAUCUUAACGUGAUAACGUGUGAAAUUACGAUCUAUUGUAAUAUCACUGAGUAACCUAAUUCUUCCCUAUUCGAGUGCGGUCAACGGCCAUUUGCUCAGGAAAUUGGCGCGAAUAGGUCUUACUUGUUUUGGAUAAGUAUUUCUAUACUACUUCUAUUAAGUUGAAUAAACCAAAAAGCAUUAGAAUGAAGCUGUCUCCAUUACGAUCAAGUGAAGGGUUUAGCGUAAAAUGUUAAGACAAGGAGAAAAAGCAAAACCUUUCACGAGUAAUUAAAGAAAUAAGUCCAUAACGAGAACUUAAUCACACACAUCUUCGAUGGUUAAGCAUUGCGAGCAAUGGGCCUUUUUUCCGUACUUUUGCCUCUUCUACAGCUUAUAAAUAAUGCAUUUUUUUUCGCGUUUCAUCGCCAUAGCAUAGUAAAAUGGCGUAAUAGUGGAUUGACGGGAAGGUUACUUUUUUGAUGAUGAUGAUGACAAAUACAGACUUUUAAACAGCUCACAGUUCACAUCACUUCUAUCAUUUUUCAUUUUGAUGUGAUAUUCGGCCUGGAUAGUCCUAACUUGAUACAAAUGUCGUUACAAUGCGGAUGCAUCUCCUUCCAAAAACUGUCAAUGCCACGCUGACUUAAAUUCCCUGUUCCAAAACACUGGUAUCGCACCGAGUGAAUCUGAGGGUCGGUGAGAAAUGUGCACUUUGCUUUGUCAGUAGUAUCUGGAGUCCAACCUUGAAUGUCGACGAUCACCAGCUGCUGGUUUGAUUCUUCGUAUGUGAAGUGACUGAAUGCCAACACUACGUCGGACAUGUCGUCUUCUCUUCUUACAAAGCCAAAGUUGUUGGUGAGUUUGACGAAUUCCCCUGCCAUGUAGGGUUCCACGUUAUAUACGGCACCACUGACGGAG